ACCUUUGUGACUAACUGUAAGUACGCCAUACAUGACCAUGACUGAAAUAUACUGGGCACAAUCUAUAGGUUUCAGGCAACAAAGGUAAGUACACGAGGCUGAUUAUGCGGAUGGCAGAGAAGGCGGAGGUUGAUACCCCUCAUCCGAGUCGAGGGAGAUUCCGGCCGUGUUCAACGGUAUAUACGACGGCGCCGACAGCAGAGCAGGAUCCCUGUCAUUUCUCCCAGCCAUGUUCGGUGCUUUCCGCUGCAGUAGGGAUGAGCAGAACACUCUCGAAUUUGUUGACCUGUCAGGGAAUAGUAGUGUCGAUGCGCGCAAUUAUACCGUGGUGGCGUGUGAUCAGUGUCGGAGUCGAAAGGUAAAAUGUAGCGGCGACCGAUACGGCUGCCAACGAUGUCAAGCAACAUUGACCACCUGCACCUACCGGUCAUCAAUCAAGGCCACCGAUCAGCCGAGCUCACAACGUCGACAAUCCACAUCAGCACCGAACUCUUCCUCCAAGCCGCCCGCAAAGAGACAACAAACCAGAAGGAAUACCGACAGCCGGUCUGCAACGGGGGACGCACUUAGUAGACCAGUAGACACGAACCAACAAUUGCCACCAGCGGACACCAAAGAUGGGCUCUGGACGCCGAUCACGUCGUCGGGCCCCGUCCUUCAUGAGUUUCUCCAUGACUGGGAUGACUUCCAUUCAAAGGAUUCUCAGAGCUUAGACCUUCUCCAGGGCGAGAGUAUCAAUGCCAUCCCAAUGGAGUCUACUUUGCCCGACAGUCACGACACCUCUUCAUACUCGCCCUCUACGACUGCGUCGAUCAUCGACGACGAUAGCCCGAGCAGCCUCGUCAUACAUCCGCCAACAACUGUGACUUCCGUGGACUCACAUACAUCCCGGAGCCGCGGCUGCGGGUGUAUUCGAUCUCUUGCUGAUAUUCUUGAGAGGGUCAGUGGUGAUGACGGCAGCAACCUCGAUGAAGUAGAUCACUUCGACGAUUUGCUUGUAUAUUUGCGGGACGGCGUCGAGACGUGUAAACAGGUGUUGCCGUGCAAGCUCUGCUGUGUCUGCACUACAAACCCAAUGUUUGUCGUCACUAUAUUUCAGCAGCUUGCGACUUUCGCGCAAAGCCUUUGCUGUCAGCUAGUAAUGUACCAGCAUAAGGGUAAGACUACGUCAAUCCACGAUGUGUCGCCUUUAUCGGACAUCUAUGUGGGGAAAUAUCACGUUCGGGCUGCCGCCUUACAUCUCAGGCUUCUAUUUCCGAUCGUGAGCAUGCAUAUCAGAGAUCUCAAGCAGAUUUUGGAGCUUCUACAAAAUGAUAUUAUAAAGGGAACCAAGGCAUAUAAAUCGCUCCGUGCCGCUGCCGACGUGGUACAAACGGCUUACAGUGAUUUGCAACUACUCGUGCCUAACGUCCCCGCUCGGAGACAAAAGAUGGACGGAAGAUAGACAAUGAAAAGGGUGGCUCUCCCAAAUGAGAGCACUCCAAAUACAAAUUCAAUACAAUCAAUAGAACGAAGUGGUUUUGCGCAUCUAAUCCUGCAACGGGAGGAUCUGGAGAUAGAA